AUUCUUUUUUUUUUUCACAUCGAGCUCUUCUUCUUCUUCUUCUUCUUCUUCUUCUUCYWMUUCUUCUUCCCCUCCUCGUUUGUAAACCUUGUGCAAGAUGGCAUCUUCAAGCGGGGCAGGCACUUCGAGGGGGAAGGAGGUGGCAGGUUCGAACGAUAGCGGCACACGCGUGAAGGAACCGUUUCAGCCGCAGCCUGAGGCAAGGCAGUUGCAACUGCAGGCGACGAAGGUGGCAUUCAAGUGGGUGACGCAGGGGCAGAUGGUCCCGCCAUUGUCGAAGGGGCAGUACAGAGUGAAGUGCAAUAUGUGCGGCGCAGAUUGGGUCGCGUCGUACACGCGUGUGUGGCCGCACUUCACACGGAAAACUAAUCCAUGCCCCGCGCGUUAUCCGGAGAUGCUUCACAUCCUUGCUGCAAAGGGGCAUGCGAUUGACUGCAAGAAGACGUUGCGGCUCAUCCAAUUGUAUCGGAUGGAGCACAACAUCCCUCAGGACGGUUUGGUUUCUACAAUUCCGGAGGUGGAGGCACAAGGGGACACAGUGGAUGCGUUCAUAGUGCCACCGACAGCACGGCAGAGCAGAACGGUGCCGACUGUGGAAGUUGAUGAAGAGGCAAGAGAGGGGGUUGUGGAAGAAGGUGGUGGAAUGCCGGGGACGUCUGCGCAGGGAUCCGCUGCGGGCCCAAGAUCCGGGAAGUUGACACAAUCAUCGAUCAAAAGGUGGGCAACCAACGAUUCGCAGCACAGAUUGGAUGUGGCAUGGGGGAUGCACCUUUUCCGACACGGCGCCCCAUUCAUCUACGUCAGAACGAAAGAGACACAGGAGCUGCACGACUUGUACCUCGAGUUGGGGGAGAAAAGGCAGCGGGUGAAGAUGCCUUCCUUGGAGGUCAUCCGAACUGUUGUGUUGGACAUCAUAUACAACAACGUGCAUGACGACAUGCAGCCGCUGAAAGCGAAGUGGGAUGACACAGGUUGCACUCUCCUCACUGAUGGGUCCACAGAUUGCAGGUACAGACCUGUGAUGAACUUCAUUGGGGUCGGCGAGAGCGGUGCGAUCCUAUUGAAGGUCGUGGAUAUGUCCAAGAAGAARAAGACUGCAGUCGCUCUGGCGAUAAUGUGGGAGCAGAUGAUCAGGGACAUUGGGGUGCAUCGGGUUAAUGCAAUCUGCACGGACAAUGCAGAAGUCAACAAGCAAGCUGCACGAAUCCUGCGAAGGCGUACAGAUCGUGAUAUAUCAAGCAUUCCAUGGGUCCCUUGCGCAGCUCACUGCUUGAACUUGUUGAUGAAGGAUGUCUGCGAGCUCGACURGGUGAAGCAAGUGGUGCAGCGCACGAAGAUGAUGGUCAAGUUCAUAAGGAAACACCAUAACACAAACAGCCUUUACACGAGGUGCUCAGAACUUUCGAGGGAAUUGACUUUGAUUUUGCCCACGGAGGUCCGCUUCGCGUUCGCAUACAUGAUGAUGAACCGGUUUUGGGGAAGGAGGUGUGUGCUUGAGGAGAUGAUGGAGGAGGAGUGGAGGCAGUUGAGAUGGAGCACAAGGAAAGAUCGAGACAAGUCUGACCUGACGUACCAGACUGUUACCGCAUCCGAAUGGUGGGAGAAGUUGCGCACGAUUUUGGAUGUGCUGGAGCAAAUAUACGAGCUACUAAGGAAGAUGGACCGCAACGGCACAGCCCCCCCAAGCCUUUGGCACUUUGACGAAGGGUUGGGCAAGCGUCUGAAGACACUUACGCGGUUGACCGAUGAGCAGCGGCGGGCGAUCAUGAAGGCAGUAAAGCAGCGGACGAAGAUGAUGAGGCAGCCCGUUCAUGCAGCGAACUUUCUUCUUGACCCAAGGAGGAGAGACAACAAGUGGUUGAUGGACAUGCACUCACCGCUGGUCCAAAACACCCUCAAGUUCUUCCUAUCACAGUGCAAAGAGGACGCCGCUUGGGGGGGCGACGAGCAGCUAGGUCUGUGGGCGGACUUGCAAGCUUUCCACAAGGCGCCAACUGAAGAUAUGUUGGUGAAGGAUCCAGUGACAGGGAAAGUGGUGGAGGAGAGCUUGUGGACUGAGUUUGCGAUCUUCGACAGCUCCCUUGCUCAAAUGACAGCCUCCGAAUGGUGGAACCGCCAUGGGGCCUCUCACAAGAAGUUGUGAGACAUUGCCAUGAGAGUGACAGCGAUGUGGAGCACUGCGACCCCUU